AUGGUCGGCAACAGCUACAUGAGCUACAAUGGUAGCGUCGGGAGCGCCGCCCUAGAGCGCGUCAAGCUCCCAGCCAAAACCCGCUGCAAUGGCAACAAAUGCAACGGCAAGAUGAAGUGCAUCUCCUUCUUCUCCGAGAAGCAGAAGCUCGAGCUGAAGAAAUGGAUCGCCGACCCAAACAAAGCCAAAUCCUUCGACCCCCAGACCUCUCGUGUCAUCGUCUGCGUGAUUUGCACGCCGGGCCCAAAAUUCGAGUUCUACUGCCAGGGCUGUGAUACGGUCAAGGAUCGCAACAAGUUCUCCAAGGCGCAAGUGAGGAACCCUGACAAUGCGUACUGCUGGGAAUGCAUGGAGAAGCGGGCCAAUAUGGAGCCCGGCGGCAACGACUCCGAUUACUCCAACAACAGCGGCAGCAGCGGUGGCGGGAGCUAUGGCGAGGACUCCGACGAUGCGACUACGACUUGUGGCAGCACAAUGGCGGGCCUGAGUCUCACUGGUAGUGGUGGCGGUACCAGCAGCUUGGGCUACCAGACCUCGAACACAGGUGGCGUGCCGCUCCAACCGGGCUCUUCGAGCGGCUUCAGGAGCUAUGCGGCCACUGGUCAGCAUGGUGGUGACGGUAGGACUCCAUCCAUCUCCUGCACUUCUUCUGGUGGCGGUGCUGCUGUCCCUUCCGGUGUGAACGGGCCUCGUCGCGUCGUCACUCCGCCUCACUUGCGCGUCAAGCAGACCAGCUCCUUUACCAGUGGCUCCCGCAGCACAAACAAUAGUACCUACGACGGCUCCACCACGAGCAACAGCAAUUUUGCAAAGAUUCCAGCUGCUUCCCACAAGAUUACCUACGGCAUCGUCCAGAAGCAGAAGGAUGAAGAGGCCAAUGCUCGUGCUGCCGCUGCCAAGAGUAAGGGUAGCAAGCAGUCGGCUCAGGAGGAGGACGACGACGAUGUUCGUGCUGCGAGCGAUUCGGAUAGUGAUUAG